UUUCUUUGCUCCGCUUGUUCUGUUUUUUGGCAAAGAACCCAAUCCACUCCCAUCUCUCUCUCUCUCUCUCUCUCUCUCACUCUCUAUCUCUUACAGUGUCUUUACAAAGCUCGUGAUUCAAUCUUCUUUGUGUCUUCCAAACUCUCUCUCAAUCUCAAACACCACUAAUCUGAACCCCACUAAGGCCAAAGCAAGACCCUUAAACUCUGUGUAAAUGGCCAUUCACUAAAAAAAAAAAAAACUGAGCAAUGUUGAGACUUUCCUGCAAAUUUUCAGGCAUUGUCUUUUUUCUCUUUAUUACACUUUCGCUUUGCUAUUUCAACAUUCCCAUUACCAACGCCUCCACUGAGUUCGACUUCGGGACCUUAGCUAUAAGCAACCUAAAGCUCCUUGGCGAUGCCCACAUGAACAAUGGGAGCGUAAGGCUCACUGGCGACCUCCCCGUUCCCAACUCCGCCGCCGGCAAGGUCCUCUACAGCUCGCCGGUGAAGUUCCGGGAACCUGGGACGCACGUCCCGGCGAGCUUCUCUACUUUCUUCACCUUCUCCGUCACGAACUUGAACCCGUCCUCGAUCGGCGGCGGGCUCGCUUUUGUAAUCUCGCCGGUCGACGAUACGGUCGGCGAUGCCGGUGGGUUCCUCGGGCUCGUCAACGAGACGGGUUCGCCGUCUGGGUUUCUGGCGGUCGAGUUCGAUACCCUUAUGGACGUUGAGUUCAAAGACAUUAAUGGAAACCACGUGGGGUUGGAUCUGAACAGCAUGGUCUCGACGCAGGUCGCAGAUUUGGACGCCAUGGAUAUCGAUCUUAAGAGUGGCGAUGCGGUUAACGCGUGGAUCGAGUACGACGGGUCGUCUGGAGUGUUCAACAUAUCGGUUUCGUACUCGAAUCUGAAACCGAAGGAGCCUCUAUUGUCGUUCAGUCUGGACUUGGAUCAGUACGUGAAUGACUUAAUGUACGUUGGGUUUUCAGGGUCGACUCAAGGGAGCACAGAGAUUCACAGUAUCCAGUGGUGGAGUUUUAGUUGUUCGUUUGAUUCGACUUCUGGUUCAUCAGUUUCUUUGUCACCUCCACCUCCAACGACUAGUUUCAUGAAUACAACGGCUACUGCGAGGUCACCACCGCCUUCAAUAGCUCCAUCUGGGUCCAAUUCAGAAUCGAGUACUCCUACUUCACAGAAAAACAGUAAGUCUUCUUCUUGUCAUAACCAGCUCUGUAAACAAGGCCCAGGAGCUGUGGCUGGAGUGGUCACUGCUGGGGCUUUCGUUUUAGCUCUAUUUGCAGGUGCUUUUAUCUGGUUUUACUCUAAGAAGGUCAAGCAUGUGAGGAAUUCUGAUUCGCUUGCUACGGACAUUAUCAAAACGCCAAGGGAAUUCAGUUAUAAACAGAUCAAGUCAGCCACUAAGUGCUUUAAUGCCAAUAGAAUUAUUGGUCAUGGUGCAUUUGGGACUGUUUACAAGGGUAUAUUGCCGGAGACUGGUGACAUUAUUGCGGUGAAGAGAUGUAGUCAUAAUGGUCAGGGGAAGAAUGAAUUUCUGUCUGAAUUGUCUAUAAUUGGAACUCUCAGGCAUCGAAAUCUUGUUCGGCUUCAAGGUUGGUGCCAUGAGAAGGGUGAAAUUUUGUUAGUCUAUGACUUAAUGCCUAAUGGGAGCCUUGAUAAAGCUUUGUUUGAAGCUAGAACGCCUUUGCCGUGGCCGUAUAGGCGAAAAAUUUUAUUUGGGGUGGCCUCUGCUCUUGCUUAUUUGCAUCAAGAAUGUGAAAAUCAGGUGAUUCAUAGAGAUGUAAAGACUAGUAACAUAAUGCUGGACGAGGGGUUCAAUGCCCGGUUAGGGGAUUUCGGAUUGGCGAGGCAAAUUGAGCAUGAUAAAUCUCCUGAUGCAACAGUGGCAGCUGGAACAAUGGGGUAUUUGGCUCCUGAGUAUUUGCUAACUGGGAGAGCUACAGAGAAAACUGAUGUGUUUAGCUAUGGAGCUGUGGUUCUUGAAGUGGCUAGUGGAAGAAGACCGAUUGAGAAAGAUGUUUCUACUGUUGGUAAAGUUGGGGUUUGUAGCAACUUGGUUGAAUGGGUUUGGAGUUUACAUAGAGAAGGGAGGUUGUUAUCUGCAGCUGAUGCAAGACUUGGGGAUGAAUUUGAUGAGGGGGAAAUGAUGAGGGUCCUAAUGGUCGGAUUGGCUUGCUCUCAUCCUGACCCAUUGGCUAGACCCACAAUGAGAGGGGUGGUCCAAAUGCUUGUGGGUGAAGCUGAAGUUCCCAUUGUCCCAAGAGCAAAGCCCUCUAUGAGUUUUAGCACUUCACACCUCUUGUUGAGCUUGCAAGACAGUGUCUCUGACUGUAAUGCUAUGAUUAACAUCUCCACCUCAUCAUCAGAGAACGACUUCAAUGGUAUUGAUUUAGUAUGAUCACAAAGUUCAUAACCUCAAGGGUUUGUUUAUUGGUUCGUAUAGUAUAUGUAUUCAUUUGUUUAUGUAUAUUUAAUAACACCCAUGACAUGCACUGUAUAAGCAAGCAAAAAGUUCAGUGGGGCUUGGGGAGGUACAAUUUUGUUUAUGAGUGAUAAUAUGUAUAAUCCAUCAUACAAUUAGAGUGGAUGUCAUUUUCUUCCUUUCCUUAGAUGGGUUUCUUUGUGGAGAGAGAGAGAGAGAGGUGGGCAGUGGUUGCUUUCUCAAGGAAUCCAUUAGUCAAAAGUAAACAUUAGAGUUUGAGUAGGGAUUUGGUAAAGCAUAGUGUCAAAAGGAGUGCAUAUUUAUCAGACACUUUUCUGAGAAGUCUUUUAUAAUUGUGGCUGGUGCGGAUAAUGUAACAAUAAUAUGAAAUUGAGUGCACAAAUUCUUCUUUAAUAACAUAUCUUGGUUUCUUAUUUAA